AUGAGAAAACCUAGACGCGCACAAGCGCAAAACACGCGGCUAAUUGUGAUGGAUUUCCUUAUUGGGCCGAGUUCGAUCGGCUGGCACUCAUGGCGAGCGGGUCCAGUCACCUUUGUCUCUCUUGAACCACCAUCAUCGUUUGACCACUCCUCUGUUCGACAUCUUUUGUCUCCCUGUUCUAUCUCACAAUAA